AUGGACAUUGUUGGGUCAUUUCUUAUGGCAACCGACCAUAGGAAGUUCCUCCUCAUCGCAGUGGACUAUUUCUCCAAAUGGGUGGAAGCAGAACCACUGUUUAGGAUUCCCCACAAGCUAGUUUCAAACAAUAGCCGACAAUUCCAAGGGUGGGGAAUCAGGGAAUGGUGCAUGAGCUAUGGCAUCAAGCAGGCCUUCACCUCUAUGGCGUACCCUCAGAGCAAUGGCCAGCUCGACCACUACGGGGGAAGCGAGGUUGAUGAAUUAUCAAGCGUACUUUGGGCAUAUAGCACCACCCCACGAGACGCCACGGGUAUCACCCCGUUCCACCUAAUAUACGGAGGGGAAUCCGUGGUGUCGAUCAAGAUUGGUGUCGAGUCGGAUCGGAAGCAGUUGUACGACAAGAGGAAUGACAAGCGGUGGCUAAUGGACUUGGACUUUGUGAACCAGAUAAGAGACAAGGCAGUCGUUCGGUUGAUGGCUUAA